GCUGGGCCCGCUCCCAGAGAGUUCACCUGUGGCGUUCCCGGCUGGAAACCAGAGCAGGUGUGCAGGCAAUAGGUCGGAGGUGCCUUCUCAUCCCCACCUGACAGCACUUCUCUGCUCUGGCUCCAGGAGACCCGAAGUUCUGAACAUCAGCAUGUGAGUCAGUGAUGCAGCUUGUCACAGGACGUCAGCGUUCAGAGAAAGCAGCAGGUCCAUUUGGCGCAGUGUCAUCAUCAUGUCAGGACAGGAGGGAACCGCUGAAAGUGUGAGUUCGCUGGGAUGGGCAUGCCGCGUUCUCCUGCUGUGAAUCCUUUCCGGAGUUCCAAACGGCGGGCUUUCUUUCUGGGUGGAAGGGUCCUGAAACACUCUGUGGCCGCCACCUAUGAGGAGCAGGGCCCAGGCCCUGGGUACCGCAUGGAGCUGUCCAUCUUCUAUGUGGUCUACUUCAUGGUCUUCCCCUUCUUCUUCGUCAACAUCUUUGUGGCCUUGAUCAUCAUCACCUUCGAGGAGCAGGUGAUGUCUGAAUGCAGCCUGGAGAAGAACGAGAUGUUGAGCCCCUUUGUGGCCGUGAUCAUGGACAAUUUUGAGUACCUUACACGGGACUCUUCCAUCCUAGGGCCUCACCCCCUGGACGAGUUCAUCCGGGUCUGGGCUGAGUACGACCCGGCCGCGUGCUCUGUGUUUGGUCACCCCUUGCGUGGUAGAGGCCUGGAGGAGAUGGUCAGUGUCGUCGUG